UGUUCUUUGAUACGUUUCAUUUCCAUUCAAUAUCAGCUGUCCCUUAAAUUUGGAACAUUCCUCACAGAUCUGAAAACUGAGCAAGAUGGCGGACAAAGACAGACAUGAAGUCGAGAGACAGAAAUCCAAAGUUGAUCUCGGUUUACUAGAAGAAGACGACGAAUUUGAAGAGUUUCCAGCAGAGGACUGGCAGGGUCAGGAUGAAGAGGUGGAGGAGGUCCAUGUGUGGGAGGACAACUGGGAUGAUGAUGACAUAGAAGAUGACUUUGCCAAGCAGCUGAGAGCAGAGCUGGAGAAACAGGGACACAAGGUUGAACAGAUGCAGACAUAGCAGACCAAGCCUGGGGACACCAUGAACAUCUACUUCUUCUUUCACUACAAAAACUUCUAAACAAGACAUGCCGAGAACAUCAACUGUUGUGACAAACAGUUCCAUUUAGUGUAAUUCUGAAAUCAUCUGAAAACAGUAAUGGAUCACCUGGAAUCGAUUUCUUUUUGUAUUUUCCUCAAUGCAGCUGUAUGAUAUAGGUGAAGAAUACACAGACUUGUAUUCAAACACUGAUUUUCAGUCGCUUGCUAUUUCCAUGGACUUGACAUGAUGUUAACUGCAAUCUUUUGUAGUUGUCUUGUUAUAAAUCGUACCCACAAUGGAAAUUUCCUAUCCUUAGUUUUGUACUUUGUCAUGCUUUGAUAACCUUACAAUGUUGUGAUAGAUCUCUGAAUCCUAUUUUCCAUCUUAACAUUCACACAUUUUAGAAACUGUAACAGACUCACUGGUUAUACGAUGUUAACAGACUGGAAUGUUGGAUUUACUAUGUUGAAGAGAUAUCCAUGCAUUAAAUAUUACCAGUGAGUUAUACACUGA